CAGCUGACUCGGGUCGGGGAAGUCACAGAGGCUGCGGGAACUGGAGGUAGUGCAUCCACGGUUGCCCGGCCGGGGACUCGAGCCGAAUAGUCAUCGUCAGAAUGUCGGGCAAAGACCGAAUUGAGAUCUUUCCCUCGCGAAUGGCACAGACCAUCAUGAAGGCUCGAUUGAAAGGAGCACAGACAGGUCGAAACCUCCUGAAGAAAAAAUCUGAUGCUUUGACUCUUCGAUUUCGACAGAUCCUAAAGAAGAUAAUAGAGACUAAAAUGUUGAUGGGUGAAGUGAUGAGAGAAGCGGCCUUUUCACUUGCUGAGGCCAAGUUCACAGCUGGGGACUUCAGCACCACUGUUAUCCAAAAUGUGAAUAAAGCCCAAGUGAAGAUUCGUGCAAAGAAAGAUAACGUAGCAGGUGUUACUUUGCCAGUGUUUGAACAUUACCAUGAAGGAACUGAUAGUUAUGAGCUGACUGGGUUAGCCAGAGGUGGAGAACAGUUGGCUAAGCUAAAGAGGAAUUAUGCCAAAGCAGUGGAACUCCUGGUGGAACUAGCUUCGCUGCAGACUUCUUUUGUUACUUUGGAUGAAGCUAUUAAGAUAACCAACAGGCGUGUGAAUGCCAUUGAACAUGUCAUCAUUCCGCGGAUUGAACGAACCCUUGCUUACAUCAUCACAGAGCUGGAUGAGAGAGAGCGAGAAGAGUUCUACAGGUUAAAGAAGAUACAGGAGAAGAAAAAGAUUCUCAAGGAAAAGUCUGAGAAGGACUUGGAGCAGCGAAGAGCAGCCGGGGAGGUGACAGAGCCCGCUAAUCUUCUUGCUGAAGAGAAGGAUGAGGAUCUUCUGUUUGAGUAAUCUUUCCUGCUCUGGUCCUUUUGGAAGCCCUAACGCUGGCUCCGUUCUAACUCACGGUGUGUAGGCUUGUUUGUGUGGCUAUUUAUUUUUUUGGCCUAAGAAUCUCACUGGUUGUAAAAUUUCCCUGGGUGGGAAUUUCACGGGAUUACUCCUGCAGGAUCACAAUUCAGCAAUGGUAUCAAGAGAUUUGUAGAACCCUGCCAAGGAACUUGCAGGAUGUACCACAGGGAAGUGUCACCUAUUGCAUUUACGUCUGUGUUACAAGUGAUCUGCUUACCCGGCAUAUUAGGGAAUACUGCCAUUGGAAACAUCAGUGGUCUCAGGCCAACACAUGCAGGUCAGCUACCGCUGUGCACCCUCUGUUCCUGUGUACUUGCAAACCUAGUGCUGUUGUCUGAGAUUGCUGCAGCCGUCCUUGUGUUACUGUGGCCCUCCUCUCCAAGUUUUAUGAAUGCCUUCACUUAUUUUUCUUUGCAUGGCAGGUCUCUGUCCUGUCAUGGGAGCACUUCUGCAAAUUUAAAUGUGACUGGUGUAAGCAGAGUAAAAUUAUUUAAAAAUAA